UAUGGCCUACCGUACAUGAGAAAAAGAAACCAUUUGGAGCAGCAGUCUGUGGACCUUUCCACUGGCACACUUUCAGGAGACGGUGGUGGUGGUGGCGGCAGGGUUCUGUGUUGUGUUCUCACUCUUCAAUUUUCUCCCCCUUUCCUCAGAUUAGCGAGGCAUCUACAAAAAGAGGCACAGUCUCAGCACAACAACUCAGAAUUCACAGAAGAUCAAAAGAAAACCAUAGGUAAAAUUGCAACAUGCUUGGAACUGAGAAGUGCAGCUUUACAGUCCACCCAGUCGCAGGAUGAAUUUAAGCUUGAGGAUCUGAAGAAGUUGGAACCAAGAGGAAGUAGGAAAUUUCGACUAAGUUAUGUGUUACCGGCAUUCUUGGACUCCCACGGUGGCUCUCUGAAUGUGCAGGUCUUAAAGAAUAUCCUCACUUACAAUAAGGAGUUCCCCUUUGAUGUUCAGCCUGUCCCACUCAGGAAGAUUUUAGCACCAGGAGAAGAGGAACACUUAGAGUUUGAGGAGGAUGAUGAGGAAGGAGGAGCUGGAGCAGGGUCUCCAGACUCAUUUCCUGCUAGAGUUCCAGGAGCCAAUGAAGGUACUUUAUUACCCAGAUUGCCAUCUGAACCCGGGAUGACAUUACUCACCAUCAACAUAGAGAAAAUUGGUCUGAAAGAUGCUGGGCAGUGCAUUGAUCCUUACAUCACAGUCAGUGUAAAGGAUUUGAAUGGGAUAGACCUGACUCCUGUGCAAGAUACUCCUGUGGCUUUGAGGAAAGAGGACACGUAUGUCCAUUUUAAUGUGGACAUCGAGAUUCAGAAACAUGUUGAAAAACUAACAAAAGGUGCAGCUAUUUUCUUUGAAUUCAAACACUACAAGCCUAAGAAAAGGUUUACUAGCACCAAGUGCUUUGCUUUCAUGGAGAUGGAUGAAAUUAAACCCGGGGCAAUUGUUAUAGAACUGUACAAAAAACCCACUGACUUUAAAAGGAAGAAAUUACAACUGUUGACCAAGAAACCACUUUACCUUCACCUCCAUCAAACGUUGCACAAGGAAUGACCCUAUUUGUGAGACUUCUGUGAACUGAACCACAAGUCAUGGUAGCUGUGUGUAGUAGCCUUAGGCUUCGGGUGGCAGGAAAACGACUGUGUCCAUGCCAGUAGGUCACACGGGACCAUCACAUACUGCACAGCAUUCCUUCAGGGUCAGAGGCGAGCCUACCAUCCAAGUGCAAGUUUUUUUUUUCAGUACCUUCCAGAUACAGGUUUUUCUGAGAGCCCUGAAAUAUUUUGACUGCUUUUCCUAAUUUUGCUGUUCAUCACUUUUUAUCGUAACCGUCAUUAUCCUUUUGCCUCAAACUCCACCGAAGGUGGGAGACUGCCCCUUUGCCAAACCUGUAGCAAUAAAGAUGUGGCAGGCCUACUAACCUGUUUACACUCACUGUGCUAUUGUAGUUCCUCUCAUCUGCAUUUCAGAGUCCUCUGCAGGGGGCUGGGUGGCAGAAGAUGAAGGGGAGGGAUGAGGUGGGGUGGGAAGGAGGUUGAGCUACUGCAAGUGAUGAUAAAGUGAGGGAGGAGGAUGUGGGGUCAAGUGGCCACAAAAGAGCUCCUCAGUCAGCUGUUCCGCUUUAGUCAGGCCAGGAGGAGGACAACUGCAGAUGAGAAAACUGAGCUAUGAUUUUACAGCUGAAUUGUAGUUCUUAGCCGUGCCUGAUCCACUCUUACUGAGUUUUGGAUACAAUAUAUAUAGGUCAGUCCUUUAAAUCACAAUUACUCCCUAAAACAACUAAUUUUCGUGUAUCUCCUCCCAGAAUGAGUUGCAAAGAUGGGUGGGGAGUGGAGAGAGGCUUUCUUCAGGGCUUCAUCCUUACAGUAGUGGGUAUUUCACCGUUUCAGUGAUAGGACAGGCCCCCCCGUGUUCAACAGGAUCAGUUUUCCAGAGCUUUUGAUACAGUAGAUCUGGCUCGCAGGUUGGCCCACCUUACAAGAAACUGCUGUUCUUAUGGAAACUGAUUGUAUGCAGUUUUCUGCAUAGUCUGUGCGAGUCUGGAAACUUACUCCAAAAAUGACCUUUUUAUGUAAGUAGAUAGGAUUAUCAUUUUCUGUAUUUUUGAUUCAGUGUAUAAUAAGCUGCAGGACAUGGGCUUAUUAUGACACACUUGCAUUCACCUUUCGACCUAAUAAAGGGACAGAAGUAGAACCCAGUCAAAUCUUUCAUAUAUUUAAUACAAUACCUUAAGGUUUGAUGUAUUUCUUGCAUAUCUAACUAGUGCCUAAAUACUCUAUGUUAAAAAAAAAAAAACAGCACCCAAACUAGUGUCAAUUAUUAUUUUAAACAGUCUGGAUGCAGAUCUAUCACUAGACUCUUUUUUUUCUGUCAUGUAGCCCCCAAGAUGUUACAGGGUGCUUUAAAUGUAAAGGAUGUUACCUCUUCUCAUGAUAGUUGUCUGCCUGUAGACAGGCAUUCAACAUUUUUUACCAUACUGAUGAGGAUAAAAAGCUGUUUUGAACAGCUUUGUUUUUGUUUUGUCCUCACCUUUGAACCUUUUUGUUUGUUGUUGUUUUGCCUUUGCACCUUCCCUCUGUUCUGGCAUAACUAGGGCUAAAUUUUCCUUGCCGCAUAACUAAUAUGCUAAAAUGACAAAAGCCAGCAAUGCUUCUUCCAAAUUCUACCAAAAAUUGGAGUUU